CUGGGGUGGUUCUGUGUGUGUGUGUGUGUCUCGUGAUUGUGACUGUGAAUGUGUGUUGAGUGUGUUUUCUUGGGAGACACACAGACUAAGCCACACAAAAUGAGACAGACACACUGCAAGAGAGACACACAGAGAAAGAUACAUGUGGGUUUGCCCAGAGAAUAGGUGUCACUGACACUGCACAAUGAUUAAUGUCUACAUUCUCACACACUCCUCCUCCUGCACACCUCAAGGGAUACUGCUGUGCAUGGCUCAGCAGUUACAUUUAGUCCAUGCAGGUCACCAAAGCCUCAAUAUGCUCUGGCCCAUGUUCACAGCAAGGAACAGUCCCUGAGGUAUACUUGAGCAGCACCAAGAUGGUACUGACAGGGAUUGUGGUCUUUCUAGGUGUCCCCGAGGAGGAAAGACGGCGGCCCCAUCCUGUCCUGAGUCACCAGGCUGUUGCUGAGGUGGCCGUAGGAGCACGAGAAGAAGGUGUCCCUAAGGAGAAAAAGCUGCAGGCCAUUCCUGAAAGGAGGCAGCAGGCUGUUGCUGAGGUGGCCAUAGGAGCACGAGAAGAAGGUGUCCCUAAGGAGGAAAAUAUGUGGGCCGUUCCUGUCAGGAGACACCAAGGUGUUGCUGAGGUGGCAACGGGAGCAACGGAAUAUGGUGUCCCUGAGGAGGAAAAGAUGUGGGCCGUUCCUGUCAGGAGGCAGCAGGAUGUUGCUGAGGUGGCCGCGGGAGCAACGAAAUAUGGUGUCCCUGUGGAGGAAAAGAUGUGGGCUUUUCCGGUAAGGACGCACCAGGCUGUUGGUGAGUUUCCUGUGGUCUCUGGAACCAUGGAGAAUGAUUGGGUGUUGGAGAGCCUGUCUGACUCUGGAACCGAUGAUGAAUAGUCGUCAGAUAGGGAACUGCACUCAGAAGGAUUGGUUGCUGAUCGCUUAGAUUCCACCCACAUCUGCCUAAUUUACCCCAAUAACCACCAGAGGCCUAGCAGAACAGACUCUCCGGAGCCAAGCAUAGACGAGAGGCCCACGGAAGAGGGUCUGCCUCCCUCCCGUUGCCACUAGGCCCCUCCAAAGCGGACCACCGAAGGCAAAGCGAGCUGAGCCUGCCCCUCCCGCCCCUGGGCACCUUGCAGACCCACCCUGGCUAAUACGCCAGAUCCCAUCGAAGCAGCAUCACAAGCCUGGCAGUGUGCAAGUAGCCCAGACAGAAGCCACACCACUCCACAGUCUAUCUUCAUACCAGUAUCCCACUGUCCUGAUUCCUAGAGCUUUGUCGUAAAUUUUGAAAUUGGGAAGCAAGAAUAAAGUUGAGGACUCCUAAGAUGAUGCUGGCCAAGCAGCUUUACAUCCACGCUCUUCAGCUUAAGAUAUCUGGUCUAGAAGAAGAUUAAAAGUAAAACACUUCCGUCAAGUGGACAUUUGCUAAUGGAUGAUAAUUAAGCCCUGAUUUUUAAAAAUAGUUAGACACAAAGCAAGAGAAAAGAAAUUUGGAAGGAGCAUAUUCUGUUACAUGUGAGAGAAGGUUCAGAGCAGGUGACUGGAUCAACAUCAGGAAUCACAAGAACAGCAAAAUCUACAACUGAAACUUAUCUUUCUCUCAUGCUGUAGAGCCAGAUGAGAAAAGCGUGGAUGGAUUCUCACCAUUCCCAUGCUAUUUCUGACUCUGACCUUUAUGUUUAUUGAUUCGAAAACUAUAGGACCAUCUCUUAUGGGGGGAAAAGGUUCUCAAAGUGAUUGGAUAGGUUUUUAAAAAGCAGACUCACAGGACACCUGGGUGGCGCAGUUGGUCAAGUGUCCGACUUCAGCUCAGGUCAUGAUCUCAUGGUUCGUGGGUUCGAGCCCCACAUCAGACUCUGUGCUGACAGUGCAGAGCCUGGAACCUGCUUCGGAUUCUGUGUCUCCCUCUCUGUCUCUGUCUCUGUCUCUCUCUCUGCCCCUCCCCCACACUCUCCCUGCUUCUCUAAAAAAAAAAUAAUAAACAUUAAAAAAGUUAAUGAACA